UGAUCUCCCUCCCCAUUUCCAUUGACGAUCUUCACCUCUCCUUCUAAUACUAAAUCUUAAUAAAGCAAAUAUAUGUAUGUAUAUAUAAUAUAGAUAGUGUCAUGGAGCCUAGUGAAUUCCAAUUUCACCCUUCAAACUUAUCCCCCUACCUUGCUCAGCUUAGCAUGAUUCAAGACCAAACACCCGCAUUCCCAUUCCAAAGAAUGCCCAUUCCUAAUUCUUCACAGGCUCAUAACUACUCCCAUAUUCCCCCGCAAGUCGUUCAAGACCUUGCCACCGCACAGCACUCCCCAUGCCUCAGCAACAACUCCACUUCCGACGAGUCGGAGAGCCUGAUCAACGAGAGGAGGCAGAGGCGGAUGAUAUCGAACAGGGAGUCAGCCCGGAGGUCCCGGAUGAGGAAGCAGAGGCACCUCGACGAGCUGUGGUCCCAGGUGGUCUGGCUGAGGAACGAGAACAGCCAGCUCGUGGAUAAGUUGAACCGCGCCUCGGAGAUCAACGAGAAGGUUGCCCAGGAAAAUGCCCAGCUCAAGGAGGAAACAUCGGAGCUACGGCAGAUGAUUGCAGACAUGAGAGACUGGGCUUGCUAGGCCAAUAUUGAAAGUUAGAGUGUUCGUGUGUUGCAGCUCAUGUUUUGCCCUUCAUCUUUAUUUGCAACGUUUUUGCAGGCUUCCAUUUAGCGGAAUUUCCUCAUUUUCGUGUAACAUGUUAGCCGAAUGCAUGACUUGAGCUGAGCUGCUGUAGCAUGUUGAUAUAUCUAGAGAUUUUUCUGUAUAAUAUAGGCUAAGGCCAUUGUAUAUUG